AUGUUCGCCGCUCGUACCCUGCCCACCCUCCGCGCCGCGCGCAACCAGGUCUCCCGUCAGGUGCGCACGUACGCUACCGCGCCCAAGGAGGGCGGAUCCAACAUCGGCAUGAUCCUUGCGGUUGCUGGUGUUGGUGGCCUCGGGUACCUCGCGUACAAGAACAUGACCGGCACCGCCAAGGCCAAGACGACUCUCGAGAGCUACCUUGCGUCGGCGGACCCCGCGCUCUGGGCCCAGACCAAGCCCGCCAACCCUGGCAUUGACGGCAAGACCUGGACGCCCGUCAAGGUCAAGGCGAUCGAGCACUACAACGACAACACGGCCAUCUACGAGCUCGCCUUCACCGGCGAGGGCGCUGACCAGAAGACCUCUGGCCUGACGACGGCUUCGUGCCUGGUUGUCCGCAGCCCCGAGGGUGAGAACGCCGUCAAGGACGACAAGGGCAAGCCCGUUAUCCGUCCCUACACCCCUGUCUCGCCUCCUGGCCACAAGGGCUCGAUCGACCUCAUCAUCAAGAGCUACCCCGAGGGCAAUAUCUCCAAGUGGUUCGCCGGCCUCAAGCCCGGAGACGAGGUGCUGCUCAAGGGCCCCAUCGUCAAGACCGCGUACGAGCCCAACGCAGUUGACAAGGCCGUCUUUGUUGCCGGUGGCUCGGGCAUCACCCCCGCCUGGCAGCUGAUCAACCACGCCCUCUCGCUCCCGGACGACAAGACGACCUUCACCCUCCUCUACGCCAACGUCAACGAGAAGGACAUCCUCCUCCGCAAGGAGUGGGACGCCCUCGCGUCCAAGUACCCCGGCCGCCUGCAGGUCGUCUACUUCCUCGACAACGCCCCGGCUGGCUGGAAGCACGAGACUGGCUACGUCACUGCCGAGCACAUCAGCAAGUACUUCCCCCGCGCUGAGGGUGACAAGGUCAAGGCAUACGUCUGCGGCCCUCCUGGCCAGUACAAGGCCAUCUCGGGUGCCAAGGACGGCAUGAAGCAGGGUGAGGUCGGCGGCGCCCUCAAGGACCUCGGCUACACCACCGAGGAGGUGUUCAAGUUCUAA